UGCAUGAUAGUACGAAAAUACGAAAUACAAAAUUCGUAUUAUCGUAAUUAAGUUGUCUUAAUUCGUGGUCACAAACUCACAACUCACAGGACAUGAUGUACGUUCAAGCAACCGUCAAUUAUCGUUAUUCGGAUAGAUGAAUUUAAACUAGUUGUUUUGUUAUUAUCUAACUGGUAUUAUACAUUUUAACAUUAAUAUCAUUCAAGUUUUUUUUAUUUUUUGUAUUUUACGAUAUUAUUAUGAAACGAAAUCGAAAUGAAACUAAUGGAUUUGAAAAGUGGGGGGGUUACAUGGAAGCCAAGAAGACCAAACUUGAAAAACAAUUCACAGAAAAAGCUGCUGGUGAUAGUAACCAUGUAAAAAGUCAAAUUUUUAAAGGCAUUUCGAUCUUUGUCAAUGGUUAUACUCUGCCUUCCGCCAAUGAACUAAAAUGUAUAAUGAUGGAGAAUGGAGGGGUUUACCAUCAUUACCACAGACCUAACAUUACUACACAUAUAAUAGCAAGCAAUUUACCCACUGCUAAAUUAAAACUACUCAAACAGUUCAAAAUUGUAAAACCUGAAUGGAUAUCUGAUAGUAUAAAAGAAGGAAAACUUUUAAACCAUGAAGAUUAUUUACUUUUUAUUGAUCAACCAAAUCAGCCAAAAAUUGAUUUCCCAGUCCGUGCAAAAAAUGCUUCAGAACCAACGUUUCUAUCAGAAUUCUACAAUAAUUCCAGAUUGCAUUUAAUAUCAACUAUGGCAACGACAUUCAAACAUUUAGUAAAUGAUACACGGAAACGGAAUCAAACAGAUUAUCCUGGGCGACAACGAUUGAAGAAAUGGAUUGAACAAAAUGGAGUUAAAGACAUGUUAUCACAUGACUCUGAGCUUGACUCGAGUAAUAUAGUCAUGCACAUUGACAUGGAUUGUUUUUUUGUGUCUGCUGGCUUGGUUGAAAGACCAGAACUUCGAGGUCUACCUGUAGCUGUUACACAUGCCAAAGGAAACUUGUCUAAGAAAAGAGAAGGGGUUGAUCUUGGAGCAGAGUUUGGUUUGUAUGUUAAACGUUGGAGAGGUGAUGAUAAUGUAAAUGGCGAAGAAGAUGAAGAAGAAGUACAAGAAAUUAAACCUCGAUCAACUAAAAGAGAUGGUAUUAAUGAAACAGAUUCAAUGGCAGAAAUUGCGUGUUGUAGUUAUGAAGCUAGAAAAGUUGGUAUUAAAAACGGUAUGCUAGUUGGUCAAGCAUUAAAAAUGUGUUCAACUCUAAAAUUAAUACCAUAUAAUUUUGAGCAAUACAAAAGAGUAGCUCAUACUUUAUAUACUCACAUUAUGAAUGAUUAUACAUUAGAUGUGGAAGCUGUUAGUUGUGAUGAAUUAUAUUUAGAUUGUUCACAUAUUCUGGAAACUACAAAAGCAUCACCUUUUGAAUUUGCCACGUUUCUACGAAAAGAAAUUAAAGAAAAAACCCAGUGUCCGUGUUCUACUGGCAUUGGCUCAAAUUGUCUGCUCGCCAGGCUAGCCACCAAGAAAGCCAAACCAGAUGGUCAAUUUUAUUUGGAACCUGGUAAUAUUAUGGAUUUCAUGAGAAGCAUAGAUAUAUCUGAUGUUCCAGGUGUUGGAAGGACCUUGGGACAUAAAUUGUCAACACUUGGUAUCAGUACAUGUGGUGAACUAAGUGCACUGUCGCUGCAAACUCUUCAAAGUGAAUUUGGAUACAAAACUGGACUUUCGUUGUAUAAGCAUUGUCGUGGAGAAGAUGAUCGUAAACUUAACUAUGACUAUAAACCAAAGUCAGUGUCUGCUGAAGUGAAUUAUGGUAUUAGGUUUAAAAACAAAGAGGAGUCAGAAAAUUUUGUAAGACAAUUAUGUGAUGAGGUUGAAAAACGACUUGAUGAUAUAGAAAUGAAUGGCAAAACAGUAACCUUAAAGUUAAUGAUUAGAAAUGUAGAGGCACCAAAAGAAUCCGCAAAAUUUUUAGGCCAUGGAUUUUGUGAUAAUAUUACCAAAUCAAGUUCUUUAAUUAAAUCAACAUCAAAUUCUAUAAUAAUUUUCCAAGUUGUCAAUAAAAUAAUGAAUCAAUUAGAUAUUGAUCCAUCUGAAUUACGUGGAAUAGGAAUACAGAUGAAUAAAUUAGAAAGUCGCAAAGUAACAGGGGCUGGAUGUAUAGAAAAUUUUAUAUCAAACAUGAAAUCUGAUACAAACAGAAAUCAUUUUUCUCUUAAUGAAAAUAUUGACAAAGAUAAAAUAGUAUCGACUAAAGUGUCUGAACCCAAAAGCCUCCAGAGUUCAUCAACAGACAAUUGUAAUAAACCAAAAUCUGUUAUGGAUUUUUUUAAGCCCAAAGAAGACUUAAAUUCUAGAAAACAUAUAAAGACUUCAAACUCUAAAUCUAUUAUCCCUCAUGAGUCACUUGUUAAUAUAAAAAUAUCUCAAAUAGAUCCAUCAUUUCUAGACGCAUUACCCGCAGAUUUACGUCUAGAAAUAGAAAACGAAUUGAAAGCUAAUGAAAACCAAAAUUCUCUAAUCGUUGAAAAUGAAAAUUCAUCCACAAUGGAAGUCACAAUGACAGAAGAAAGCUCCAAGUUAUAUCAACAUGUGCAAAUUGAUCAGAUGAAAGAAUUUAUUGAAGAAUGGGUAGUCACUGAGAAUGAACCAAAAACAUGUGACAAUAUUAUGGUUUCAAAAUACUUGUGUAAUUUAGUUAGAGACACCAAGACAGAAGAUGCUUAUGAAAUUAUAAGAAAACUUUACCGAUUAAUAAAAAAUAAGGACCAUUUAGCUUGGAAACAAAGUUACUUUGAUGUAUUGAAAGAUGUUCAAGAAACAAUGUUGAUUUUGUAUAACGCUAAAAUGAAAGUUGAAACUACAUUUAAAUAAUUCCAUUUUAUAUAUAAUUUUGAAUUUUGAGAUUGGAUAACAAAAAAUAAAAAAAUAAUGUACAGCCAAAAUCUGUAACUAUAUUAUACCAAUGAUGCCUUACAUUAAUUUUAUACAAUAAUUUCAAAAUUUCAAUUUGUUCAGUUUUUAUACCAAACUUCUGAUAUAUUGUUACAAUAGCAGUUGAACAAUAUAAAAAAUACAUAAUAUGCACAAUUUUUUUUAUAAGCAUUUAAAGUUUGAAUUUUGAAAAAAUGUAACAAAUUUAAAAUAAUUUUCCACCUAAAUAGUUAAUUCUGUAACAAUAAAAUAUUUUUUUAUAGCUAUUUUAACUUUUAAGUUCUAAUCAAGAAGAAAUUACAUAUUAAAAAAUAACCAAGAAUAACGAUUUUAGUUAUUUUUUUGUUAUUUCAUAAUAUUAAUUCAACUUACCGGCUGUCCGGCUACCAUAUAAGUAAUAACUAAUAAUAUAAAAUAUCCUAGACUAACAAACGGUCUUUGCUCAUUCUGACAAAUCGUCUCCGCUCAGAAUCGUUUUUCAUAUACAAUGAUAUUAUAUCAUUAAAUUCAAAAUUAAUACCAUCCAUUACAGCAGUGACCCACUUGUAACCUACUAUACAACAGAGCAACACCCACUUGCCCACCUUUUAUUACUUAAAACUAUGAUAAAUUUUAUUUUGGGGGACGGAGUGGCCGAGCGGACUAAGGCGUCGGCUGCGACGCAGUCGACCCGAGUUCGAUUCCUAGGCCAUGGGCGGCAUUUUUCUUCAGACAAGUCACGGUGUCCUGAGAACAAGUAUCGCCAUCCCCCACCCAGGCAUGGCAGAUACCUACGGGUGCCCAAUCAAAAAUUCUGCCAAACUAAACACAUAUAUGUUCCUCCCCCUACCGACUUAAUAACCUACAGUAAAAACUAAAAAUAGCUAAUGGCCUCAGCUGCCGGGCUCAAGAUCAAUAAAAAAAAAAAUUUUAUUUUAUUCAUAAGAAAUUAAAAUUUAAUAUUUACAAUCUGUAUAUUAAUAAAACAUAAAAAGAUAGGACCACUUGUUGAAGGAUUUAUUGACAUGACUUUAAAUAUUUCUAGAAUUUAUUUAUUUGUCAAGCACAUCUCACUUAAGCCUACAAGGUAAACUAAGAUGGAAAGAAUUAGACGAUUUUUAAUGGAAUAUUAGAUAAUAGAUAUGCUUAAAAUGUUCAUAACUGUAUAUAAGUAAAUCUAAAAAUGUAGUCAUUAUAUUCAUGACUAUACCCUGCACCACGAGAGAAGGAACCCGUUUCACACAUACAGACUGACGGCAGUGGCAUUUGACAUACACUGAAUGGCGCGAAGGAAACGAGGACUUGUAACAGUCGCUGACGGAAACGGGUUCAGUCUCUCAUGGCGCAGAGUAUAGUUUGUGCAAUUGUUAGAUGAUUUUUUAUAUGCAGAUAGUAUAAUAUAGUAUAUUAUAUAAUUAAUUAAUAUAAAGUCAGAUAAGAUAUAAAAUAUUCCAAAUGUUGAAGUAUAUUUUAGCAAGGCUGGGCAUUAACGAGUUAAAA